AUGCGAGUAGAGACCCGCCACGACCACACGUACUGGGAAGACGGCGAAGAGAAGAAGGACGUGACGUACUCGUACGAAGAGGUGUGGAGCGAGUCGCCGAUCUACAGCGACCGCUUUGACGACCGCAGCUACAGCAACCCGACGUUAUGGCCGUAUACUUCUCGCAAGACGACGCACCCGUCGUUGCACGUCGAGACAUACGUGCUCUCGCGUGCGAUCGUCGACUUGAUAUCGACGCCGACAGAGCCGAUCCGCCUCGACCAGCGCUCGCUUCUCCAGAUGGAGUCGGUGUUUGACUUGACCUUGCAUACGCCGCAGACCGUGGAAUCCAUUCCGGCGCUGGUCGACAUGUUUAUCGACGCGGAGACCGCGUUCGUGUCGCGCCCGCGCAAGAACGAGCCGCGCCCGCACCGCAGUGCGAUCGGUGACCUCCGGGUGUCGUUUGCUGUGACGCCGGCCAAGCGCGUGAGCAUCCUUGCGAUGGCGCUCCGCGGAUCGCUCGUGCCCUAUACGAGCGCUGGCGGUGUGCCCAUUGCGCUCGUGCACGACGGCCUCGUGCCGGCCGAAACGAUGCUGUACCACGCCCAGGCAUCACUCCGUUGGCAGACGAUGGGGUGGCGCGGCCUGGGGCUGGCACUCUCGUGCCUCGGCUACUACGGCAUCCUCAAGCAUUAUCUUGACACGACCCUCUUUGUCCCGUCGGCCAUGGGUCCGCUUCAUCUGAGCGUCCGCCCGUCCAACCGGCUGGUCCUUGCCCUGGCCAUGGGGUGGAGCACGACGUGGUGCACGAUCGCGCUCGCUUGGCUCUGGCAAGGGUUUUGGCUCCUCUCGCUUGGGCUACUGUGGCCCGUGGGCAUUGCGCCCGUCGCACUGCUCCUCUUGUCCGCGUCGCGCCACAAAUUUGCCGCUGAUUAG